CGCACAGGAGCGUAUGGAAAUAUAACCGUCUUCUGUAUACAAUGUGUCGCACAAGUACAUGAGAUUAACCACUUGGUCCAGAGGUAAAACCGUAAAGUCCAAAACGCACUCGUUCGCUCACUCGGAAGCAUGUUUCUGUUUAACCCUGUAGACUGACGACAUUUUGCCAGUAGCUGUUUGCUUCAUAAUUCUUUAUCAGCGACCAGCAACCUCGUACACUCGUUAUUUCAGCGGCGCGCUUUCCGGCGUACGGCAAAUAACGCGCUCAACCCGAUCGUGUCGGAGAGGGAGGGCCGAGCAGAGGAGGGGUCAGAGGAGAGAAAGGGGGGGAAUCGCUCUCCAAGCCAUGUAAUACGACAGCUUCCCCUUCCCUCCUGGCGACGGAGCUUUGUUCUCCUGCACCGCAUGCACGCAAGACGCGCCGCCGCGUCUGUCCGAGAUAACUAAAGGCGCUAGUUGGAGCAUGCGGACCCCGGGACCAUGAAAAUGCUUCGAUUGCGGAGUCCAAGCAUCUUCUCGCUCAACCAGGAGAUGCAGUGCACGGUACGGCUGCUGGACGACUCCGAGAUCUCGUGCAACAUCCAGAGGGACACAAGAGGCCAGUUUCUGCUGGAUCACGUGUGCAACCAUUACAGUCUGCUGGAGAAGGAUUACUUUGGUAUCAGAUAUGUGGAUCCAGAGAAGCAGAGGCACUGGCUGGACCCCAGCAAAGCCGUGGUCAAACAAAUGAAAUGUGUGCAGCCCUACACUAUGUGCUUUCGGGUGAAGUUCUAUCCCCAGGAGCCCAUUAAGAUCAAGGAAGAACUGACGAGGUACCUGUUGUAUCUACAGUUGAAGAGGGAUCUGAACCAUGGGAGGCUCCUGUGUCCGUUUGCAGAUGCAGCCUACCUUGGAGCCUGUAUAGUACAGGCUGAAAUCGGGGACCACGAUGCAGAUGAGCACCCGGCCGACUUCAUCGGUGACUUCAAGCUGUUCCCCAAGCAGAGCCCCAAACUGGAGCGCAAGAUAAUCGAGAUCUACCAGAAUGAGCUCAGGGGUCAGUGUCCUGCCCUGGCUGAGCUGAACCUGCUCCAAAGAGCUCACACGCUGGACACGUAUGGCGUAGACCCUCAUCCCUGCAAGGACUUCACCGGAGUGACAGCGUUCCUGGGAUUCACCGCCCGGGGCUUUGUGGUUUUCCAAGGAAACAAGCGUAUCCAUUUGCUGAAAUGGGCGGAUGUCAGCAAAUUUAAGUUUGAUGGCAAAACCUUUUAUGUGAUUGGAGUACAGAGAGAGAAGAAGCUGGUCUUGACAUUCCACACCUCCACGCCAGCCGCCUGCAAACACCUUUGGAAGUGUGGCGUGGAAAAUCAGGCCUUUUACAAAUGUGCAAAAUCAAGCCAGAUUAAGACUGCCUCCAGCAGUAAUAUAUUUUUCAAAGGGACCAGAUUUCGUUACAGUGGUCGUGUAGCAAAAGAGGUGAUUGAAGCCAGUUCAAAGAUCCAGAGGGACCCUCCAGUUGUUCACAGGUCUCAGUUAGGUCAGAGCCGAAGCUUCAACUCCCUCAGUCAUAAACAACUCAUAAUGAACAUGGAACCUCUCCUCCCAGUGCUGAGCUCCACCAAGGAAAACAGGGACACCUCAGCAGACAGUGGUCUCCUGGCCCUGAAAGACUCGGUGCACCUGUGCCCGCUGAAGCCACCCUUCAUGCCAGAGGAGGUGGAGCUAGAAGGAAGGGAGGGCAACUUCACUGAGACAGCAGAAGCGGAGUCAGCCGCUUCUGCUGCUGGAGUGGAGGAGGAGGGGAGACACGUGGAGGAGGAGGAGACUGCGUGCUCCCUCACCAUCUCUGACACAGCGUAUAACCCGUGCGCCAGCGUGCUCCCCACACCGGUGGAGGAGGGGCAGGGUGGCAUGGACUUCCUGUUCCAAAGCCCCGGUCGCCUGCUCAAGGAGCUCCACGCUGAUCCCGAGGUGCAAGCGGAGCUUCGGCGGGAGAGGGAGUGGGAAUUGGUCGAGGAGACUGUCCAUCAGGUGCAGCACGAGCCGACCGACGGCGGGCGGCGACUGGGGGCCGUCCUCCGCAGCGCCGCCCGCCUGGUGACCGCAGCCGGGGCCCUGCUGCUGGUGCUGCUGCCCCUCCUGCUGCUACUUCUGGAAUCGAACCUGGACGUCUCCUUCCUGCAAGACAUCCGCCAGACGCCCGAGUUCGAGCAGUUCCACUACGAGUACUACUGCCCCCUGCGCCGGUGGUUCGUCUGCAAAUUUGAGGGCUUGAUGGAGUGGCUGUGGGGGGCAUCUAACGGCUAAUGGCUAGCAGCCCUCCAUCAGCUGAACUGAAGAGGAUGGAAGGCUCGCGCUCAUACAUCAUGCCUUUUUUCCUAACUCGCACCUCAAGACUGGAUUCAACCACAACUGUAACUGGAUGCAAAGCCAUGUAUGGCCAGAUAUUUCAGUAACUGCAAGUUUUUUUGUUUGUUUGUUUGUUUUUAAAUCUUUUGGUUAAGAUUAGCAUAAAUUAAUUAGCAUAAAUUGAUUAUGAUUAGCAUAAAUCAGAGGUAAAUGGGUCUCAUAAUGCUUCAGAUAUCUAAGAUGGAGGGAGUUACCGAAGCAAAUAAAAUAUGUGAAUAGAUUUCACCAACUUAGAGGGUCAGUAACCUAUUAUAUUAAUGUUCUAGGUCAGACUAAGACAACAGUAAGAUGCAUCCAGUAUACGAUGCACUUUCUCAUGCUUUACUUUAGUUACUGUCUUUCACAACAGAUGCACACAUCCCACACAUCCAUUCAUUGGCUACAUUUACUUGCAUUGUCACAUCAUAUAAUGAUCAGGUCUGACUACAGAACAGCUUUGAGCUCUCACAAGUCUAAGACCAACCUUCAUCCAUGAAACCACAGCCUCCAGCCUCAUCUGUAUAUGUAAAUAAAAAUCAGAGCGUAAGGGUGGGAUCUGGGAUCUAAAAUCUGUUUUUAAAAUUUUAUACAUUUUUAUGUAAAACUUACUUUUACUGGUAUUUUUCAGCAAGAAAACUUGUGUUUUCUUAUUUAAACAGAUGUUGGGAGUGUUGGGAGAAAAGUAAAAUAUUUUAUUAAACCUAUAUGACCUUAAGGGGCCUUGCUGUGGAUUUUCUUAAACAAAAUAGCACAAUAUAAAAAAAAAAAAAAAAAAAGACUUUUUCUGAUUACCUGAUGUCAUAAGCAGAUAUUGCAUGGUGGGGAAUAAGAGGAUGUUUGCGCAGCUGGAUGAAAACCAGGUUACAUAAAGUCAAAGCUAGUUCAUAUACUGUCAAGCUGUGUGGGAAAUGUAGAAUUAGUUUGAAGACUAAUCACUAUACAUUAUGCUGAAAUUCUCUCAUCUACUGUAUUUAAUACUGACUAAAACAUUUGCUAUGAUAUGCUUCAAAAAUGGGUUUCUACUCUAUAAUUGUAAAAAAUAAAAAAAUGUAAAAAUAAUUUUAAAAAGCAGUGAUUAAAAGAGGGAAGUGUAGAGAGAUUUAAAAAAUCAAGAUUAUAUUGUACACAAGUUACAUUAUUCUAGAUUAUAUUGUAUAUAAAUUAUUUAACAAAUGAUCAGAAGUUAAUGUGUAGGGAUUCACAAUAGAGGAGGAGGGAGCACAAGGGCUAAUGAAAUACUGCAAAUAAACUAAUUUCUAUGAAGAGGGAAAUGCAACUCCUUAAAACCAUUGUACAUGAGACCCCCGAUGACAUGUAUCACUGAACUAUAUAAUGAACGACAUUCUCAGGAAAGCAUGAGACUUACUGAUUGAAUAGUGUGGAUUGUAAAGCAGCAAACCUUAAUGUGUACAUAUGCAUCGUGUUAAGAUAAGUAUUUUAUUCAUAUCAUCUACAGCUCAUGCUCACAAAAUACAUAACCAGUAGUCAAUUUAUGUGGAAAAAAAAAGUAAACAACCUCAAACAUAACCUAAAACAUAGUUCUGCAUAUAUACUGCAUAUUCAUCGUGAUUCAGUCCAGCAUAUUCCUGUGCAUAAAUCAAUGUGACAUUUAAAUUCACACUUUAAGUCCUAGAUGGUGUCAUGGCAUUUUUCAAGUUGGAUUUGACUUCUUGUCAUAUACAUACCCUCAACUACAUUGUAACUGUAUGUAUUCACAGAAAGUCCCCACACACCUUAGGUUUGCUAGAUGUGUGUCUCUUUGCUAGGUUCUGCACCGUUGAUGGCAUGCUCUUUGUAAAUACUCUGGGGAGAGAUAAAAGGAAAGUCUUUGACCAUGCUCAUCUCGACGUGUCCUUGUGCUUGUCCUUGUGUAAUCAUCAACUUAGGCAUUUGCAUGCUGUUUGUAUGUGAGUGAAGUGAAUCUUGGCAUUAUAGCCUGUCUGUGGCUGGAUAAUGACGGG